CGACGGUCUCUUUUCGGUGAUGCACACAACAGUGUACACGACCCGUAGGGCUCCAGAAUGAGUUGGAGCUCAGUCAGCUUGAGCCUCAUUGAUAUUUUGUGGUGUUUUCUGGCCUCGUGUUUCCUUGUAGCGUUUUGUGCUCACAAAAUAUUGAGAAAAUAUGACACAUGUCGCCUUUACAUGUUAUUUCAGGACCUUAUUCGAUACGGAAAAACCAAACAAAACCUCAAACGAGACGACUGGUUGCGUGUGUUUGACGUCCCUAAAAGGUGGUUCUGGCAUUUUUAUGCUAUCUCUGUUUGUUGGAAUGGUCUUCUUCUGGCCUUGUACCUGAACUUCAUAUUUCAGCAUCAGUCACGUCCGUCAUGGCCGACAGGGAUAUUGGACAUCUUGACAGGUGUACCACGCACUGAUAGUCAGGUCCCACAGCUGUCUACUAUGCUGGUGCAGCUGCUGCUCUGGGUCCACUCCGUCAGGAGGCUGCUGGAGUGCUUGUUUGUCAGUGUUUUCUCUGAUGGAUCCAUGCAUUUGGUGCAGUAUGUCUUCGGUCUGGGGUAUUACAUCGUACUGGGGUUGACGGUGCUCUGCUCAGAUCAUGUGGGAAAAGGGACUGGCACCCUCCUCUCUCAGCUGGACUGGUUUCACAUGGCCGGAUUUGCACUUUUCAUUGCAGCUUCGCUGCUGCAGCAUCAGUCAAUGGUCCUGCUGGCCAGGCUUCGCACUGGAAAGUCAGGAGCAGUGGAAACGCUGACUCACAGAGAGCCAAAAGGAGGCUGGUUCGAGCUGGUUUCAUGCCCACACUACUUUGCUGAGCUGCUGAUCUACAUCUCACUGACCAUGGUUUUCAGAGGCCUCUCUCUAACCUGGUGGCUCAUCGUCCUUUAUGUAUUCUUCAAUCAAGCACUGGCUGCACAGCUCUGUCAUGACCUGUACCUUAACAAAUACAAAUCAUACCCAAAACAUAGAAAAGCAUUCAUACCAUUUGUGCUGUGAAUAGCUGUCAUCAGUGCGUCCUGUUAUGCAGUCCGUUCUGGGAAUAGUAAACUGCUGGACAAAUAUCUGGCACAUCUGAGGAUCUGACUGUAGAGGAAUCAAACUUACCUCUCUCAGCAUUGAUUGACAAGACGCUCUUGACCAAGUGGACCAGUAGCCAACAGAACAACACUCAGUGUAGUUGACACACACACAUGCGGCAGUGCUGCAGGAAUAUUCUUCCACAGCAGACGUCUCCUCAGGUGAAAGGUGAGCUGUUUCUUAGUGACUGGUGUGAAGAAAUGAGGAACCUCACCACAAAACAGUUCAUUACAGCAAGACCUUGUUUUGUUGUUAUAUCGUUUUUUCAUUCAUUUAUUUUCCUGUUUUAUUCAUGUUGGUGUUGGAUGUUAGUCCUCUCUGUAGUCCCACAGCUGUCUACUCUACUGCUGCAGCUGCUGCUCUGGGUCCACUCCCUCAGGAGGCUGCUGACCUAAGACCUUGUUUUUGCUGUAACAAAGCACUUUCAUGUAAGAAUGACAUGUUUUUCCUACUACAACAUACCAGUGUAUGUUAUAACAUUUAAGUUAUGUUAUUGAAAUAAGCAACUGUUAAAUGCUUGUUUAAUAAAAAAAGAUCCUUUCAAAACAAAAGGAGAAAUUGGGGCUUUGACCAAAUGUUUUCUCAGUUUUUUGAGAAACUUAGCAUGGUCUUUGCAGCAAUAUGAUGUCAUAGUAUAGUCAUAGUGUAGUAUAUUUAAUUUUUUUUUUUUCAAAUGCAUAUAAUUCUGAACCACUCCAUAAAAUCAAGUUUUCUACAAUUAAAUUCUACACUGAAUAAAAUGAAAACUGAAUAAGAGGUGGAAUUUCUUUCAUGUUUAAUUACUGUUUGUGUACUUAAUCAGUUUGAUUACUAUGUGUGAAUUUGGAGAAUCCACUAGAUGGCGACAUAAUUAAUUGUCAACUUUUAGCUGAAA